GGGGUUGGGUCUGAGCAGACUGCUCCCUUAGUUACAGCGGAAGGCACGGGAGAGGCGGUCGGAGGCAUGGAAACCCAUACAUGGCUCUGUCUCCUUUCACAUUAACAUUAUCAAAGCAAAGCUACACAUAUAUUGACUACACUGUUCGUGUCAAUGCAAUGAAGCAAAGUCACGUUCUUGUGUAGGUAAACACAGAAGAGGGAGGAGGCCUUUGACAGUUUACUGGACUGAUGGCUCCAGAGUGACAUGCCAUGGCUUUAAUGAUCCCCCCGGUGAAGCUCAAAUGGCUGGAGCACCUAAACAGCUCAUGGAUCACGGAGGACAGCGAGUCGAUAGCCACACGGGAGGGAGUCUCGGUGCUCUAUUCAAAGCUGCUGGCCAACAAAGAGGCUGUGCUGCUGCCCCAGCAGGUGCUGUGUCUGAAAGGCCCCCAGCUUCCAGACUUUGAGCGUGAAUCCCUCUCUAGCGAGGAACAGGAGCACUACCUGGAUGCUCUACUCAGCAGCCAGUUGGCCUUGGCCAAGAUGGUCUGCUCGGACUCUCCCUUUGCCGCUGCCCUGCGCAAACGUGUGCUGGUGCUCCAGCGCAUCUUCUACGCACUUUCCAACAAGUACCACGACAAGGGAAAGGUCAAGCAGCAGCAGCACUCCCCAGAGAACAACUUGGGUUCAGCUGACCUGCACUCUGUCAGCGAGCGGCCCCGCUCCAGCACCGAUGCCCUCAUUGAGAUGGGAGUCCGCACGGGCCUCAGCCUUCUUUUUGCUCUCCUGCGCCAGAGCUGGAUGAUGCCUCCUCCACCGAGCCCUGGUGGAGGUCCUGGGGGCAACAUAAACUUGUGUAAUGACGUCAUCCACACAGCUAUUGAUGUGGUUAGCUCCCUGCCACCCCUCUCUCUGGCCAACGAGAGCAAGAUCCCGCCAAUGGGCCUGGACUGCCUGGCCCAGGUCACCACUUUUCUGAAGGGGGUUACCAUGCCAAACUCUGGGGCAGAUAUUUUAGGGCGGCGGCUUGCCUCAGAGCUACUGCUAGGGCUGGCUUCCCAGAGAGGGUCCCUGCGCUACCUGCUGGAGUGGAUUGAGAUGGCCUUGGCUGCAUCAGCUGUGGUCAGUGCCAUGGAGGAGAAUAAGGUGCUACAGAACCAAGAAGGGCUCAUCGGCUAUGAUUGUUUCAUGAACAUCCUCAUGCAGAUGAGACGGUCUUUGGGCUCCUCAGCAGAUCGCAGCCAGUGGAGAGAACCCACACGGACCUCUGAUGGCUUGUGCUCACUGUAUGAGGCAGCACUCUGUCUUUUUGAAGAAGUAUGUCGAAUGGCAUCAGACUACUCUCGCACCUGUGUCAGCCCGGACAGCAUACAGACGGGUGAAGCACCCGUGGUGUCUGAAACCUGUGAGGUGUACGUGUGGGGCAGUAACAGCAGCCACCAGCUAGUGGAGGGUACACAGGAGAAGAUCCUGCAGCCCAAGUUGGCCGCCAGCUUCGCCGAUGCACAAACAAUUGAAGCAGGCCAGUACUGCACUUUUGUGAUCUCAUCGGAUGGCUCCGUGAGGGCCUGCGGGAAGGGAAGCUACGGCCGCCUGGGCCUCGGGGACUCCAACAACCAAUCAACGCUCAAAAAGCUGACCUUUGAACCCCACCGUGCCAUUAAGAAGGUGUCGUCAUCCAAAGGCUCGGAUGGCCACACGCUAGCAUUCACUACAGAGGGUGAGGUGUUCAGCUGGGGUGACGGUGAUUAUGGCAAGCUGGGUCACGGCAACAGCUCAACACAGAAAUACCCCAAACUCAUCCAGGGGCCUCUACAAGGGAAGGUGGUGGUGUGUGUGUCUGCUGGCUACAGACACAGUGCUGCAGUCAGUGAGGAUGGAGAGCUGUACACAUGGGGUGAAGGAGAUUUUGGAAGAUUAGGUCAUGGUGACAGCAACAGCCGAAACAUUCCUACCCUGGUUAAAGACAUCAGCAAUGUGGGCGAGGUGUCAUGUGGGAGCUCCCAUACUAUUGCACUGUCAAAGGAUGGACGCACCGUGUGGUCCUUUGGAGGAGGGGACAACGGAAAACUAGGUCAUGGUGAUACCAAUCGAGUCUACAAGCCAAAAGUAGUGGAGGCCCUGCAAGGAAUGUUCAUCAGAAAAGUGUGUGCAGGAAGCCAGUCGUCUCUCGCCUUAACCUCCACCGGACAGGUGUAUGCUUGGGGCUGUGGUGCCUGCCUGGGGUGUGGUUCUUCUGAGGCCACAGCACUCAGACCCAAACUAAUCGAAGAGCUGGCUACCACCAGAGUGGUGGACAUCUCCAUAGGGGACAGUCACUGCCUGGCCUUGUCACAUGACAAUGAAGUAUAUGCAUGGGGCAACAACUCCAUGGGCCAGUGUGGCCAGGGGAACUCCACAGGGCCAAUCACCAAGCCCAAGAAGGUUGUCGGCCUGGAUGGAGUGGCUAUUCAGCAGAUCUCAGCCGGCACUUCCCACAGCCUGGCAUGGACAGCCCUGCCCAGAGACAGGCAAGUGGUGGCUUGGCACAGGCCCUACUGUGUCGACCUCGAAGAAAGUACCUUCUCCCACUUGCGCUCCUUCCUUGAGCGCUACUGUGACGGCAUCAACAGUGAAGUUCCUCCUCUUCCGUUCCCCUCAUCCAGGGAGCAUCAUAACUUCCUCAAGCUGUGCCUUCGGCUUUUGUCCAAUCAUCUGGCUCUGGCUCUGGCCGGGGGCGUGGCCACCAGUAUUUUAGGUCGGCAGGCAAGGCCCCUGAGGAACCUGCUCUUCAGACUGAUGGACUCCUCCGUGCCAGAUGAGAUUCAGGAGGCGGUGAUUGAGACUCUGUCAGUGGGGGCCACCAUGCUGCUCCCUCCAUUGAGAGAGAGGAUGGAGCUUCUUCACUCCUUGCUGCCUCAGGGCCCUGACAGAUGGGAGAAUCUCUCCAAAGGACAGAGGAUGCAGCUCGACAUUAUCCUGACGAGUCUCCAGGACCACACCCACGUGGCCUCACUCCUGGGUUACAGCUCUCCUGCUGAUGGCCCUGAGGUACUUUCUUCUGGCCCGAGCUUCACAGCUUCCCCAGACCCCACAUACAGCACCACAGCAGGCCACCCUGACACCCACCUGGCUGAGAUCCUAAUGAAGACGCUGCUCAGGAACCUGGGCUUUUAUACUGAUCAGGCGUUUGGUGAACUAGAGAAGAACAGUGAUAAGCUGCAGCAGGGCCUGUCCUCGUCGGACAGCAGCCAACCAGCUCACCUCCACCAACUGCUGUGCUCUCUGCAGAAGCAGCUGUUAGCGUACUGCCACAUUAACUCUGUCACUGAGAACUCCAGCAGUGUGGCUUUACUCCACAAGCAUCUGCAGCUCCUGCUGCCUCACGCCACAGAUAUCUUCUCUCGCUCGGCUGCUCUGAUAAAAGAGAGUUCCUGGAACGGAAGCAUACGAGAGAAGCUACAAGAUGUGAUCUACGUGUCAGCGGCAGGCAGCAUGCUGUGCCAGAUAACCAACUCCCUGCUGCUGCUUCCAGUGUCGGUGGCGAGGCCUCUGCUCAGCCACCUGCUGGAUCUGCUGCCUCCUCUGGACCGCCUCAACAGGCUGCUGCCUGCAGCUUCCCCUCUGGAGGACCAGGAGCUGCAGUGGCCUCUUCAUGGUACCUCUGACUUUGCCGAGCCAGCGUCGGGGAUGUCCCUGCCACAGCCGGCCCUUUCCUGGGUGUGGCUCGUGGAUCUGGAGAGGACUGUUGCCCUGCUGGUGGGCCGUUGCCUCGGUGGGAUGCUGCAAGGAGCUCCCACCUCACUGGAGGAACAGGAUACUGGUUACUGGCUCAAAACGCCCCUCUUCAGCAAUGGCUUGGAAAUGGAUAUCCCACAGCUUGACACCUGCAUCAGCUCAUUACUGGAAGCAGCACUGUCCGGUAACGAAGAGCAGAAGCCCUUUGACUGCACACUGCGUCCUGACUUGAGCCUCCUGGUGGAUUUAGCUCUGUGUUCCUCUAAAGAACCGGCCAACAGCCUCUGGAUCAACAUGCAGGACUACGCCAUGAGCAAAGACUGGGACAAUGCGUCUCUCAGUAAUGAGUCCCUGUUGGACACCGUGUCCAGGUUUGCUUUAGCAGCCUUAUUGAAGCACACAGGGCUGCUGGGCCAAGCCUGUGGAGAGGGCAGGUACCAACCAUCUAAGGCCCUUGCAGAGGUGUAUCGCUGUGUUUACAAGGUACGAAACCGCCUGCUGGCUUGUAAGAAUAUGGACUUCAUCCAGACGAGAUCCUCUUCGCGUGAGAGGAGAAUUUCAGACAAUCAGGACUCUCUGGACAUGGACCCUCAGGAGCACUCGUUCACACGCACCAUCGACGAGGAGGCAGAGCUGGAAGAGAGAGUCGACCGCGAGAGAGAGGAGGGCCAUCAGGAGCAAGAUGACGAAGAGGAAGACCGGGAACACGAAGUUAUGACGGCUGGAAAAAUCUUUCAAUGUUUCCUCUCAGCGCGGGAGGUAGCUCGCAGUCGGGAUAGAGAGCGAGCCAGCAGCAGCACAGGCCUGGGCUCUGGCUCUGUUUCUAGGAGCGGAGGAGGAGGCGGAGAGGAGGACGCCAUUCUGUCUCAGGAGGGGAGGAGGGGCAGUACAGGUCUCGCAGAGGGCCAGGACCUGUACACAGCAGCCUGUAACUCUGUGAUCCACCGCUGUGCCAUGCUGUUGCUGGGGGUAAGCCCCGUUCUGGGUGAGAUGACCAAGCAGAAUCAGGAAGAGGGCCAGACCCAGUCAGCCACUGGAACACAGGAGUGUCUGAGCUUCAUGACCAGGAGUGAGAGUCUGAGUGCAGAGAGCCGCUCGGUGCAGAGCAGCCCGAGUUACAGGCUGAUCAAGUCCAGGAGCGAGUCUGACCUCUCUCAGCCCGAGUCAGACGAAGAGGGAUACACUCUGAGUGGGAGGAGAAAUGUUGACCUGGACUUGGCUUUCUCUCACAAAAAGAGAGGCUUACUUCAAAGCUCGCCAGACUCCCUGGCUGAGUCCUGGUUCCGGGCCAAACUCAGCCGCCAGAGGACCUACAGCUCAGCACACUCCUAUGAAGACUCCGAGUUGGACCUGUGCCGCACACUGGGCAUCCAUGCUCUCAUUGACAACAUGGUUAGCUUCAUCAGUGGCGAUUUGGGCCUGGCACCGGCCUUCAAGGAGCCGGAAGAAAGUAUGUCCACCAGCCCACAGGCAACUAUCCUGGCCAUGGAACAGCAACAGAGCAGAGGAGAGCUGCGGUUGGAGGCACUCCACCAGAUUGUGGUGUUGAUCUCUGGAAUGGAGGAGAAGGGCAGUCAGCCGGGGAAUGCAGAUCGAUCCAGCAGUGCCUUCCAGUCCUCCUCCCUGCUCACCUCCGUCAGGUUGCAGUUCCUGGCAGGAUGUUUUGGCCUCGGCACCGUGGGGACUGGAGGGCUGAAGAGAGAGAGCGUGCAGCUACAUCACUAUCAGGAUGGUGUCAGAGCAGCUAAGAGGAGCCUCCAGAUGGAAAUCCAGACAGCCGUUCAUAAGAUCUACCAGCAACUGUCUGUCACACUGGAGAGGGCACUGCAGGCAAACAAGCACCACAUAGAAGCCCAGCAGCGCCUCCUGCUGGUGACUGUGUUUGCACUGAGUGUUCGCUACCAGCCAGUGGACGUCUCCCUGGCCAUCUCCAGUGGCCUGCUCAACGUGCUCUCCCAGCUCUGCGGGACAGAGACGAUGCUGGGGCAGCCCCUCCAGCUCCUGCAGAAACCCGGAGUGUCUCAGCUCAGCACCGCCCUUAAGGUGGCCUCCACCCGCCUGCUGCAAAUACUGGCCAUCAGCACUGGCACGUAUGCAGACAAGUUAAGUCCCAAAGUUGUCCAGUCGCUGCUGGACCUGCUCUGCAGUCAGCUGAAGAACCUGCUGUCUCAGGCAGGAGUUAGUCUUCUAUCGUCUGGAAAAGACCAGGAAGACAACAAACAGGAGGACAGCGCGGACUCUGAAAAGAAAGACUUCAGAGCGUUGGUACGUAAGCAGCAUACUGCUGAGCUUCACCUUGGAGACUUCCUCGUCUUCCUCAGGAGAGUGGUGUCCUCCAAGGCCAUCCAGUCCAAGAUGGCUUCCCCUAAAUGGACUGAGGUGCUGCUUAACAUCGCUGCACAGAAAUGCUGCUCAGGGGUCCCUCUGGUGGGAAACUUGAGAACUCGGCUCCUAGCUCUUCAUGUGUUGGAAGCUGUCCUGCCUGCCUGUGAGGCCAAUAUGGAGGAUGACCAAAUGACACAGGUUGUUAAGCGGCUGUUCUCCCUGUUGUCUGACUGCAUGUGGGAAGCUCCCAUUGCUCAAGCCAAACACUCAAUCCAGAUUAGAGAAAAAGUUCAGGAACUUAAACUACAGGGAGAGGCGGAGGAGGAGGACGAGAACCUUCCCAUUCAGGAAGUGUCCUUUGACCCAGAGAAGGCUCAGUGUUGUGUGGUAGAAAAUGGCCAGGGGCUGACGCACGGCAGUGGGGGUAAAGGCUAUGGCCUGGCCUCUACUGGUAUCUCCUCUGGAUGCUAUCAGUGGAAGUUUUACAUCGUGAAGGAGAACCGAGGCAAUGAGGGUACGUGUGUAGGCGUUUCACGAUGGCCCGUGCAUGACUUCAACCACCGCACCACGUCGGAUAUGUGGCUGUACCGAGCAUACAGCGGAAACCUGUAUCACAACGGGGAGCAAACGCUGACACUCAGCAGCUUCACGCAGGGAGACUUCAUCACCUGUGUCAUGGACAUGGAGGCCAGGACUAUCUCUUUUGGCAAGAACGGAGAGGAACCAAAGUUAGCCUUUGAAGACGUUGACGCCACGGAGCUUUAUCCCUGUGUGAUGUUUUACAGCAGUAACCCAGGAGAGAAGGUUAAGAUCUGUGACAUGCAAAUGAGGGGAACACCUCGAGACCUCUUACCUGGUGACCCAGUCUGCAGCCCCAUGGCCACUGUCCUGGCCGAGGCCACCACUCAGCUGAUCCGUAUCUUACAUCGCACUGACCACUGGACCCAUCGCAUCAACAAGACCAUGAUCGAGCGGCUUCACAAAAUCAAACCCUGCUUCAGAGAGUCCGCCAGUGCAUCUGGCAGCGGUGGGGGUCAGAGGCUGAAAAAGAGUCGCUCGGUGCAGAGCCGCGAGGAGCACGACGCCCAAAAAGAAAACCAAGAAACACCAGUGAGAACAGAGGAGGAGAGGGGACGCCAUGGACGGCAGCAUGGCUUGGGCGAGCUGUCAGAGCACCACCUUAGGACACUCUGUACAGAAGUUUGGCCGGUUCUGGCGGUGAUCGGGGGGGCGGAUGCAGGCCUACGUGUAGGUGGGCGUUGCGUGCACAAGCAGACCGGGAGGCAUGCUACUCUGCUGGGUGUGGUGAAGGAAGGCAGCACCUCAGCCAAGGUGCAGUGGGACGAGGCCGAGAUCACCAUCAGCUUCCCAACUUUCUGGUCGCCUAGUGACACUCCACUAUACAACCUGGAACCCUGCGAGCCGCUGCCCUUUGACGUGGCGUGUUUCCGUGGCCUCACCGCCUCGUUGCUGUUGGACCUCACCUACCUUACCAGCAUCCACGAGGAAACCGCCGUUAAGCUCAGCGCACGACGCCACGACAAGAAGCAUCGCAACGCAGCCUCGACCGGGCACGAGCCGACCAGUAACGAAGAAAAGACGGACAAUGAGGGGCACAACCGUAAUGAUCAAAAGGAUAACACUGGAGCCUCGCCUGGAGCAGCUCCAAGCACCACGACCUCUGACCUGCGGGUGUCCCACAGUCUGGAUGAGAUGAAAGCACAUGCGGCACCCAACUCAAAGUCCGAGAAUGAGAUCUCAUCUGUGGUUAGCGGAGGUGUAGGCGGAAAUGAGACCCUUUUCACUGCAGCUCCUCAUGCCCCUGCUGAGGGGAACAGGAAGAAAGGGCACGAGCAUGGCUCCCGCAGUCAUGAGCCUUCUCCUUCCUCCAUUGCCACUCAGUCGGAAAUCCACGCUGUGCAGCUGUCCUACCUCUACCUGGGAGCCAUGAAGACCCUCAGCGCCCUGCUUAGCUGUAGCAAGUAUGCUGAGCUGCUGCUUAUACCAAAGGUGUUACCUGAAGUAGCACCCAGCGGGCACAAUGCUGAUCUAAAUGCCAGCACCAGUGGAAGCACCGCUGCCACCUCGCCAGUAUGCCAGGAAGAAGUGGAGAUGCGGGCGGCUCUGCAGUUUCUAAUGCGCCAUAUGGUAAAGCGGGCAGUGAUGCGCUCCCCCAUUAAGCGGGCCUUGGGCCUGGCAGACCUGGAGAGGGCACAGGCCAUGAUCUACAAACUGGUCGUGAAUGGGUUGUUGGAGGAGCACAGUGGAGGAAAGGCCAAGCCAGCUUUGUCUGUCUUGUCAUUUCCCUCAGGAGUGAGAAGUGAACCAGAAGGUGAGGGGGAAGGUAUAGAGGGUGAGCAGUUGGCACAAACCCCAGUCACAACCAGCCCCUCUGCCUCCAGCACCACCUCUUUCAUGAGUUCCUCGCUGGAGGACACCACCACUGCCACCACACCUGUCACAGACACCGAGACUGUCCCUGCCUCGGAGUCUCCGGGGGUCAUGCCUCUCAGCCUCCUCAGGCAAAUGUUCUCAAGCUACCCGACUACUACCCUGGUUCCAACCCGUCGAGCUCAGACCCCUCCGGUGUCUUCUCUGCCAACCUCUCCCUCGGAUGAGGUCGGCCGCCGGCAGAGUCUCACGUCUCCUGACUCCCAGACCUCCAGACCACAAAACAGAACGGGUACCUCUAUGUCAGACCCCAGCAGCAGGCUGUCGACAUCCCCCCCUCCUCCUGCCAUCGCUGUGCCCUUACUGGAGAUGGGCUUCUCCCUGCGCCAGAUCACCAAAGCUCUGGAAGCCACCGGCGCUCGAGGAGAAGCAGACGCUCAGAACAUCACGGUGCUGGCCAUGUGGAUGAUCGAGCAUCCAGGUACAGAGGAUGAGCACGACGAGCCUCACACCAGAGGCAGCGGUGUUGGGGGUGAUGGGUCUGAUUCAUCCUGUCCGGGUGCAACAGCCUCUGCUGGAGGCAAAUCUCUGGACAGGAGCCCGUAUCUGUGCUCGCCUGGAGACAUCGCCAGUGCAGAUACUUCAGAAAUGGAGGAGGGCUUCAUCGAGAGUCCGGAUGGUCUGGAGCAGGACAGUGCUUCAGCCUCCAGCGGGGGUCCACUCAGAGGCCGCUCUGCUGUCGGCAGGAAACACCGCUUUGACCUGGCUGCUCGCACGCUUUUAGCCCGCGCUGCUGGACUGUACCGCUCGGUGCAGGCUCACCACAGCCAGUCGCGUCGGGAGGUCUCAUCCCUCCAACAGCAGCAAGAUCCGGGAGCCCUGUACGAUUUCAACCUGGAUGAAGAGCUGGAGAUGGACCUGGACGAGGAGACCAUGGAGGCCAUGUUUGGCCAGGACCUCGCCAGUGACACCGACAUUCUGGGAAUGUGGAUCCCGGAGGUACUGGACUGGCCAACAUGGCACGUAUGCGAGACAGACGAUCGAGAUGAAGUGGUGGUGUGCGAGUUGUGCGAGGCCAACGUUGCCAACUUCAAUCAACACAUGAAGAAGAGCCACCCAGGCUGCGGCCGCAGCGCCAACCGGCAAGGCUACCGCAGCAACGGCUCCUACGUAGACGGCUGGUUCGGAGGCGAGUGUGGGAGUGGAAACCCCUACUACCUGCUCUGUGGUAGCUGCAGAGAGAAGUACCUGGCCAUCAAAAGCAAGGCCAAAGUCCCCAUUGUGGAGAGGUAUAAGGGACAGGCUCCUGACCUCCUUGGAAAACAGGACAGUGUCUAUGAAGAGGACUGGGACAUGCUGGACGUUGAUGAAGACGAGAAGCUGACCGGGGAGGAGGAGUUUGAGCUUUUGGCCGGACCGUUGGGUCUUAAUGAGCGCAGGAUCGUCCCAGAGGCUGUCCAGUUCCCUGACAGCGACCCACUGGGAGCCUCCGUCGCCAUGGUGACUGCCUCCAACAGCAUGGAAGAGACCCUGCUGCACAUAGGCUGUCAGACCUCGGUGGAUAAGAGCUCAUCGGGCAGGGUGACCCUCGGCGAGCAGGCCGCAGCCCUCCAGAACCCCCAUGACCGAGUGAUGGCGCUGAGGAGGGUGACGGCUGCAGCCCAGGUGCUGCUGGCCCGAACCAUGGUGAUGAGAGCCCUGUCCCUACUGUCUGUCAGUGGCUCGAGCUGCAGCCUUGCAGCCGGUCUGGAGUCUCUGGGUUUGACCGACAUCCGGACUUUGGUCAGGCUGAUGUGCCUGGCAGCAGCAGGCCGAGCCGGUCUUUCCACCGGUCCUACAUCAGGCUCCGGCCAUGCUGAAAGGCCCCGUGGGGCUGCCAAGGCGAGCAAACCUAUCUCCUGUCUGGCUUACCUCAGCACAGCAGUGGGCUGCUUGGCCUCCAACAGUCCAAACGCCGCCAAGCUGCUGGUGCAGCUCUGCACUCAGAACCUGAUCUCGGCUGCUACCGGCAUGAAUCUGACCACGGUGGACGAUCCCAUCCAGAGGAAGUUCCUGCCCAGCUUCCUGCGUGGCGUGGCCGAGGAGAACAAGCUCGUCACCUCUCCCAACUUCGUGGUCACGCAGGCUCUGGUGGCCCUGCUGGCGGAUAAGGGCGCCAGACUCAGACCUGCUUAUGACAAGGCUGAUCUGGAGAAAAGAGGGCCUCUGGAGCUGGCCAAUGCUUUGGCGGCCUGUUGCCUGUCCUCCAGGCUCUCCUCGCAGCACCGCCAGUGGGCCGCCCAGCAGCUAGUCCGCACGCUGGCGGCUCACGACCGCGACAACAACCAUAGCCGGCCACAGACGUUUGUCGACAUGGCAGGGGACCUGCGAAAGUGCUCCUUCAUCAAGCUGGAGGCUCACCAGAGCAGGGUCAUCACAUGUGGUUGGUGCAGUAAGAAAGGCCUGUUGGCAACGAGUGGUAACGAUGGCACUGUCAGGAUGUGGAACGUAACCAAGAACCAGUACACCCUCCAGCAGACCUGCAUCUUCAAUAAGGAUGAUGACUCUUCAGAGGAGGGCAUGUCAAGUUUGGGAUCUCCCAGCGAUCCUUGUAUGUCUCCUCUGGCAUGGAGUGUCACUGGAAAAUAUCUGGCAUCUGCCAUGGAGAAAAUGGUCAACAUCUGGCAAGUUAAUGGUGGUAGGGGCCUUUUGGACGUGCAGCCUCACUGGGUGUCAGCGUUGGCUUGGCCUAAAGAGCAGGCAGAGUCCUUGUGGUGCGGGGAACCCAAGGACAUGCUGCUGGUGGGACGAAUGGAUGGAUCUCUGGGGCUCAUUGAGGUGCUGGAUACCUCCAGUAUGCACCGCACCGAGCUGGAGCACUGCUACAGGAAAGAUGUGGCAGUCAUGCACAUAGCCUGGUACAGUGAAGACAAGCCUUUUGCUGUGGGCUACGCAGAUGGCAAGCUGCUGAUAGGAUCCAAAGAGCCCUUAGAAAAAGGAGCCAUUGUGGUCAUUGAUGCACACAAGGAGUCAAUCACCAAUAUGGAGUGGAGUCCUACUGGACAGAUCUUGCUGACUUGUGCCAAAGAGGAGACAGUGAAGCUGUGGGCCAGUCCGGACUCUCACUUUGGCUCAGGCUCCGGCUGGCGCUGCCUGCAGAGUCUUCGACACCCAUCCCCGGUUAACGGUGUGGCCUGGUGCAGUCUGCUUGGACGUGGCCCAAAGCACCUCAACAUGUUAGCCAUAUGCUGCCAGAAUGGCCUGGUCACAGUCUGGACUGUUCCUCAAAACAUCUCUAACUUCCCAGACUCCUCCCCUGAGUCAGAGGGAUGGUGGGAGAAUGAAGCAAAACCUAAAUUCAUGAGCCGUAGGAGAAAAGACCCCCACUUACCUGCUGUCACUGUGUUGCAGUCUCCCCGGUGGUCAGGAAAUGGAGCAACAUGUGUUUUCCAGCUGAAGGGCCACAUCACCCCAGUACGAACGCUGGCCUUCAGCCCCGAUGGUCUGGCUCUGGCAUCUGGAGGAGUGGGAGGGCUCGUAAACAUCUGGUCCCUGCGGGACGGGUCAGUGCUCCAGACAGUAGUAGCCGGUUCAGGUGCAAUCCAGAACAUUGUCUGGAUCCCAGAUGUGGGUGUCGCUGUCUGCUCCAACAGGUCGAAGGAUGUGCUGGUUGUGAACUGCUCCAAAGAGUUCAUGGCGUCCAACCAUGUGCUGGCCACUUGCCGCGCAGCUCUGAAAAAGCAGGGCGUGGUCGGCCUCAACAUGGCACCCUGCAUGAGGGCCUUCCUGGAGAGACUGCCUGUCAUGCUGCAGGAGCAGUACGCCUACGAGAAGCCCCACGUUGUAUGUGGGGAACAGCUCGUCCACAGCCCCUAUAUGCAGUGCCUAGCCUCCCUGGCUGUGGGUCUUCACCUGGACCAGCUCCUGUGUCGCCCCCCUGUGCCUCCUAACCUCCGACACUGCCCACCAGAGUCUGGCACCGCGGUCUGGUGUGCCAGCGAGUGGGCCUGGUUGGACUGCUUCUCUACAACAGUCAAGGCGGCGGAGGCCCUCGCUCGAGGCGCCGCCUUCUCCGAGUCGUUCUCUGUCCCCGACCUGGAACCUGUCCCCAAAGAUGAGAUGGCUCUGCUCAUGGACAACAGUAAAUGGGUGUCUGGUAUGGAUGAACAGAUCAUGUCCUGGGCCACCUCCAGACCAGAGGACUGGCACCUUGGGGGGAAGUGUGAUGUGUAUCUGUGGGGUGCAGGGCGACACGGCCAGCUGGCAGAGGCUGGCAGGAACAUCUUGGUGCCAACCACUGCCCCAUCCUUCUCUCAAGCACAACAGGUGGUGUGUGGGCAGAACUGCACCUUUGUGAUCCAGCCUAACGGGACGGUGUUGGCCUGUGGGGAGGGUAGCUACGGCCGUCUGGGUCAGGGCAACUCCGAUGACCUGCAUGUUCUCACCGUCAUCUCAGCGCUUCAAGGUUUUGUCGUGACUCAGCUGGUGACGUCGUGCGGCAGCGACGGUCACUCCAUGGCUCUGACGGAGAGCGGUGAGGUGUUCAGCUGGGGGGACGGGGACUACGGAAAACUGGGCCACGGGAACAGCGACCGCCAGCGCAGACCGAGACAGAUCGAAGCGCUGCAAGGAGAGGAGGUGGUACAGAUGUCAUGUGGGUUCAAACACUCUGCAGUAGUAACAGCUGAUGGAAAGCUUUUCACAUUCGGUAACGGUGAUUACGGCAGACUGGGUUUGGGAAACACCUCAAACAAGAAGCUACCGGAAAAGGUCACCGCUCUGGAGGGCUACCAAGUUGGACAGGUGGCUUGUGGUUUGAACCACACUUUAGUCGUAUCUGCUGAUGGAAUGAUGAUUUGGGCUUUUGGUGACGGAGACUACGGAAAACUGGGACUCGGCAAUUCCACGGCCAAGUCCUCACCUCAGAAAGUGGACGUGUUGUGUGGAAUCGGCAUCAAGAAAGUGGCGUGUGGAACCCAGUUCUCUGUGGCUUUAACCAAAGAUGGCAAAGUUUUCACGUUCGGUCAAGACCGCCUGAUUGGCUUACCAGAAGGCCGAGCCAGGAACCACAACCGGCCCCAGCAGGUGCCGGCUCUGUCAGGGAUCCACAUCCAGGAUGUGGCUGUCGGAGCCGAACACACUCUGGUGCUCUCCUCCACAGGAGACGUUUACACCUGGGGCAGCAACUCAGAGGGACAGCUGGGUCUGGGCCACACCAACCAUGUCAGAGAGCCUACGGUGGCGACAGUGCUGCAGGGCAAAAACAUCCACCAGAUCUCUGCUGGACGCUGCCACAGCGCUGCCUGGACGGCUCCCUCUGUGCCGCCUCGAGCACCAGGCUCGUCGGUUCCUCUCCAGCUGGGUCUCCCUGUGGCGGUGCCUCCUCAGUACAGCGGGCUGAGAGAGGUCAGCAUGGAGGCGGUGAGGGCUCGCCUGCGACUCCUCUACCACUUCUCUGACCUCAUGUACUCCUCGUGGAGACUGCUCAACCUCAGCCCCAACAACCAGGGCUGUACGUCCCACUACAAUGCCGGUACCUGGGGGCUUGUCCAGGGCCAGCUGAGGCCCCUGUUGGCCCCCAGAGUGUACACUCUGCCCAUGGUGCGCUCCAUAGGCAAGACCAUGGUGCAGGGCAAGAACUACGGACCCCAGAUCCCCGUGAAACGGAUCUCCACACGGGGGCGGAAGUGUAAACCGAUCUUCGUGCAGAUCGCCCGUCAGGUCGUGAAGCUGAAUGCCUCGGACCUCCGACUGCCCUCCAGGGCCUGGAAGGUGAAGCUGGUGGGGGAGGGGGCGGACGACGCAGGCGGGGUCUUCGACGACACCAUCACAGAGAUGUGUCAGGAGCUGGAGACGGGAGUGGUCGACCUGCUCAUCCCCUCCCCCAACUCCACGGCGGAGGUCGGCUACAACAGAGACAGGUUUCUCUUCAACCCGUCUGCCUGCCUGGAUGAGCACAUGCUCCAGUUCAAGUUCCUGGGUAUCCUGAUGGGCGUGGCCAUCCGCACCAAGAAGCCCCUGGACCUCCACCUGGCUCCCCUGGUGUGGAAACAGCUGUGCUGCAUCCCCCUGCUGCUGGAGGAUCUGGAGGAAGUGGACCUCCUAUAUGUGCAGACGCUCAAAAGCAUUCUUCACAUUGAAGACAGUGGCAUCACCGAGGAGAAUUUCCAUGAGAUGAUUCCUCUGGAUUCCUUUGUUGGGCAGAGUGCAGAUGGAAAGAUGGUGCCCAUCAUCCCGGGAGGAAACAGCAUCCCUCUCACUUUCUCCAACAGGAAGGAAUAUGUGGAAAGAGCCAUUGAGUACCGGCUGCAUGAAAUCGAUCGACAGGUGGCAGCGGUGCGUGAGGGCAUGUCGUGGAUCGUGCCGGUGCCGCUGCUGUCCCUGCUGACGGCCAAGCAGCUGGAGCAGAUGGUGUGCGGCAUGCCGGAGAUCUGCUGCGACGUGCUGAAGAAGGUGGUGCGCUACAGAGAGGUGGACGAGCAGCACUCCCUGGUGCAGUGGUUCUGGCAAACGCUGGAGGAGUUCUCCAACGAGGAGCGGGUCCUCUUCAUGCGCUUUGUCUCGGGCCGCUCGAGGCUGCCCGCCAACACAGCCGACAUCUCUCAGAGGUUUCAGAUCAUGAAGGUGGACAGGCCGUACGACAGCCUGCCGACCUCCCAGACCUGCUUCUUCCAGCUGCGUCUGCCUCCGUACUCCAGCCAGGCCGUCAUGGCGGAGCGGCUGCGCUACGCCAUCAACAACUGCCGCUCCAUCGACAUGGACAACUACAUGCUGUCCCGAAACGUGGACAACGCUGAGGGCUCCGACACGGACUACUGACGCAAGCACUUCUACACAAAUAAAUCACGGCCAGUCAGUCGUGGACUGUCUUGUCUGAACACACACACACAAACCCAGAGAUGCUUUGUCAUCACUGCACCAGUUGUAGGGAACUCCUGAGCAGACGGGCCACUUUUUAAAUCCAUUUUAGGUUCUUUCAAACAGCACAUAUCAUUUCUCCUUGUGGUUUAUUAGCAAUUUUUAAAUGACACAAAAAUCCACACGAGAAGUUCAUUGAGUGUUGAUUUCUUUGCCCAUUACUCCACAUCCCAUUUUCAGGGUUUCAGCAUGGAGGUAUGUUUAUUAUUUGGAAAUGUUUAUAGAAUAUUCAAUCAAGUGGAGGAAAAAAAAAAAAGAAUAUUGUACAUUGUGUAAAAUGCUUCAUUAGGAAAAUGUUUUGCAUAAUAUUCAUAUUUAUUGUUUUCAUUGCCUAUGCCGAGUUUCCCAAAGCAUACAGAAAAACAAACAAUAAAUGCUGCAUAACUGA